UUGGCCGAGCCCGGCCUCGGCCCCGCCUCUUAGCCCGUCCUAUUGGCUCAUGGAUCACGUGGAGGGGGGGAAAGUCUUCUCUUCACGUGACAAAGUCUCCGGAGAGGAGCAGUACUGGCCCGGCUAGCGAGCACGUGAGCUCCUUGGGUGGAGCCUUGUUCUGGCCGUUUCCGCGUCACCCAGGCCGCUUCGCCGGGUGGGCUCGUCCCCUCCUGCCAUUGGAGGAGCCGAAUGACGCUGAUUGGCUGGGACGGCGGAGGGACAGAACUACCAGACAAUCGGGCCUCGAAUGUUCCAAACUUGCUACCCCAGGUUUGCUGGAAGCUGUGGUCUUCAUGGGCAACCACAGUCUGCCUCUUUGUGGCACACAAUCCAGGUGGCAGCCCAUCUGGCACCUCAUCUGGGUACAAGCUGCUUGUGCUGAGGAUGAGGACAAGAAGCAAAGAGGCCAGGAGGAGCCUUUGCAAGGGCUUUCCUAGCCUCUUCCCAGCUCGGGAUCCUCUGUCAGGUAUGGGGCUGAAGCUCCAUCCCUGUGCCCCAGCUGAGCAGGACCUCGCAGCCUUCCCAUCACAGCACAGGGGAAUGAUGACUCACUGCGCAGCUCUGUUCUGCAUCACCAGCAAGAAUGAUUCGGCAGGCCAUAUCCUGACUUCUGUGCAGUCCCCACCCAAACUGUCCUGUGACCUUCAGGUCACACCCUCAGGAGAUUCUUGGGGGAUCUUUGCCUUCCUGUGUGCCGCACUCUGGAACCUGCCUGCGAUCCCCGCCCUGAACAGCACAGACGAGGUGGGCGCCGGCCAGUCCAUCCAGAAGACCUACGACCUCACCAGGUAUCUGGAACACCAGCUGCGCACACUCGCCGGCACCUAUCUGAAUUACCUUGGCCCACCCUUCAAUGAGCCAGACUUCAACCCUCCCCGGAUGACAAGGGCUGAGAUGGUGCCCAGUGCCACUGUGGACUUUGAGUUGUGGCGCAGCCUGAAUGACAAUGCCCGGCUGGCAGCCAAUUACCGGGCCUACACGCACCUGCUGUGCUACCUGCGCAGCAUGGACGGGCAGGUGGCCAAGGCCGAGCUGCGCAAAAACCUGGGCCACUUCUGCACCAGCCUGCAGGGCCUAGUGGUGAGCAUUGCCAGCGUCAUGUCCUCGCUGGGCUACCCACUGCCCAGCCCGCUGGGCAGUGCCAACCCCACCUGGGCCCAGGGGCCAGGCGCCACGAGCCCCCACAAUGACUUCCUCAAGAAGAUGGAUGACUUCUGGCUGCUCAAGGAGCUGCAGACCUGGCUGUGGCGCUCCGCCAAGGACUUCAACCGCCUCAAGAAGAAGGUGCCGCCUGCUGCCCUCAUGCUGCGCCUCGAGAUGCGGGGUUUCUGACCCCUGCCCCCCCACAUCCCAUCACCACGCUGUGCCUCAAGGUGCGGGGCAUCUGCCCACUCCCACCCCACUCAUCAUGCUGUGCCUCGAGAUAAGGGGCCUCUGACUUCCACCUCCCCUCAGAUCUUCCGCACCUCCAAACCCAGGCUCCACUGUGCCUCCCACCCCUUACCCCUCUCUCUCCCUUCCAUGGUUUCCAGCCUCCUCCCCAUCUGUGAUGCCAUGCAGCAUGUCCCCAUCCUUCUCCCUCCCUCUCUGUGCCCUCCUGCCCCUGCUUUUUCCUUAUUCUCCAGCAAGGGACCUAUUUGCUUUCCAAAAUAGGGAAAUGACCCUCAUUCUCCCAAUACAGCCCAGAGCAGCACUAAACCCCACCCCCAGAUCUGGACAGCAAUAAGCCCAUCUCAGUUCACCCAGAGCAACAAUAAACCCCACCCCCAUGUGCUCUGGGCAACAGUCAGCACUGUCUAUUUACCAUGGGCAGCCCUAAGCCUUGUCUGGCUUUGUCUCUUGCUGCGUCAUACUCUGUACCUCUGGUUUGAUCCAAUUCUUCCUCUGCGUCCCCCUCCCCUGCUGCAAUCCCCCACCCCUCCUCUCAUGCACAGAGACCUGGACUCAUCCAGCCUUUCCUCAGGUUCAGAGCCCCUGACACUGGCCUGCAGCCUGGCCUCCAUGUCUCCUUGGGUGCUUCCAGUUCUGCCCUACAUGCAUCACUUUCCUCAUGCCUGGGGGCAGGAGCUGAGGUGAGCAAUGCCAGUGCCAGCCCUCCAGUCACACCUAUGAAUGGGGCAAUCUCACCCCAUGACACUGCAACAUCGUGGGGCAAGACGGAUUAGAAAUAGGAAGGAUCAAGGGGAGACCAGGAAAGUCUGGAGAUCUAAACCAGGAAGGGGCAGGAUUUGGAACAGGAAAGGUUGGGGUCCAAACCAGGAAGGGGCAGGGUUUGGAAGAGGAAAGGUUGGGGUCCAAACUAGGGGCAGGGUUUGAAAGCGGACCUCCAGCAUUUCUCCAAUUGCAAUGCUGCUGCAUCUUUUGGCCCCAUCUCCUGACAAAACACCCAUGAGGGCCAGGAAAGCAGGGGAGCUAAACCAGGAAGGCGUGGGGCACUAUCCCUCCGCCCUUUCGUACCAUGACACAUGGAGCAUUUCCUUAAAGUUUACAUUGUCGCCGACGUAGCAUUUGGGCAGAUGUGGGGGCUCUUUACCUGGCAUAAGCCCUGCUGCCCAGCCCCCUCCCCAUGCUCCAGGUGUGGGAUCAGGGUUAAGGGCCUAUCACCCCACCCUUCUUAAACCCCUCCCCCCCCCACAUUCCCCCUGUCGGGUUGUGUUUUUCUUGGUUUAUCUAUAUUAAUAUUUAUUUAUUUGGAAAUGUUAUUUAUUAGAUGGUAUUUAUUGCAGAAUUUCUAUUCUUGUAUUAACAAAUAAAAGGCUUCCUCCAUGAGCUUGGCUCACUGGCACCUUGGGUUGGGACUGGCUGAGAGCUCACUGGCCUGCUAGUGUUCACCGCACCCCAAUCAGCUGCCCCAGAUUCUACCACAAACUGAGCAGCCACCCCAGAUCCCUAACCCAUGUAAAUACAACCCCAAUCCACCCCCACCGCAUCCUUCCCCAGGCCCCUGCCCCUGAUCCAGGUCCUGAUCUGCCCCCCACACCAGCACCAUGUGCUGUGUCACACACACUCUCCUGGACGGUUGGCCAUCCUGAGGCU